GGGAGGCAGAGGACUGACGAACUAGAAUCCACAAGUUGAUUCUUAAAACUGCUGAAAGAAAAGGAUUAGAGAAGAAAGAGGAGAGAGGAAGAGGAGAGAGAAGACCUCUGUCCUGCUGAACCUGGGCUGUUACACGCUGAAGACACCGAGGGAAAGCUCAAAGAUGGGAAGAUGCAGCAGGAAGCUUCAGAAAGCUUGAGCCCCCCCUGAGCUCCCCUCGACCCCUGACCUCCACCGUUACCCAUCAUGCACCUGCCGUGCCGAGGGCGUCUGAAGCUGCUGCUGGCGUCCGUGACAACCGUGUUCCUGCUCACCUGGUUGUACCUGCUGGCUGGGAACCUGGAGACAGACCGCUCCCUCCUCCUCCCCCCCUGCCUGGGAGAGACUUCAGAGCCGGCCCUUCUGGAGUCGCGGCUUCGCCAGGUAGAGGAAGAAAACCGACAGAUACGGCUCCAGCUCGGCCAAUCCCGCGCCAGCGUCGCCGCACAGCCGCCCCUCCCCGACGGUAACUACGGCAACCAGCAGUGGGGGGCGUCGGCGGACACGGGCCCUGAGGAUGUGGAGAGCACGGCGGAGGAGAGGGGCAACCACUCAGACUGUCCUCGCUCGCCCACCGUAGAGAAGUGUGAGCUGAUCCAUGUAGCGUGUGUGUGUGCCGGUCACAACGCCAGCAGAGACGUGGUCACUCUGGUCAAGUCCAUCCUGUUCCACAGGAGAAAUCCGUUACAUUUCCAUUUCAUCACAGACACAGUAGCCAAUCAGAUCCUGAGUACUUUGUUCCAGUCGUGGAUGGUUCCAUCUGUCCAAGUCAGCUUUUACGACGCAGAUGAACUCAAGUCGGAGGUGUCCUGGAUCCCCAACAAGCACUACUCUGGGAUCUACGGCCUGCUGAAGCUCACUCUGACCAGAGCCCUGCCCCCUGACCUCACCAAGGUCAUCGUCCUGGAUACGGACAUCACGUUUGCCACGGACAUCGCCGAGCUCUGGGCCAUCUUCAGGAAGUUCACCGAGAAGCAGGUGAUUGGUCUGGUGGAGAACCAGAGUGAUUGGUACUUGGGGAACCUCUGGAAGAACCACAAACCCUGGCCUGCCCUUGGGAGAGGCUUCAACACUGGGGUCAUUCUGCUGUACCUGGAGCGCUUGCGUCUGAUUGGCUGGGAGCAGAUGUGGAGGCUGACCGCAGAGAGGGAGUUAAUGAGCAUGCUCAGUACAUCUCUGGCCGACCAGGACAUCUUCAACGCGUUCAUCAAGCAGAACCCCGUCCUGGUGCACCAGCUGCCCUGCUUCUGGAACGUUCAGCUGUCAGACCACACACGCUCAGAGCAGUGCUACACAGAGGUGUCUGACCUGAAGGUGAUCCACUGGAACUCCCCUAAGAAGCUGCGAGUGAAGAACAAGCACGUGGAGUUCUUCAGGAACCUGUACCUGACCUUCCUGGAGUACGACGGCAACCUGCUGAGGAGAGAGCUGUUUGGCUGCCCCAGCCAGGCCUCACCUGAGGGCCUAGGGCUACAGGAAGCUCUGGAGGAGCUGGACGAGGACGACCAGUGUUAUGAUUUCCGUCGUGAGCGAAUCACAGUCCACCGUGUGCACCUGUACUUCCUGCAGUACGAGGACACGCCCCUCCUCGAGGACACGCCCCCCGGAGACGACAAUGACAUUACCCUGGUCGCUCAGCUGUCCAUGGACAGGCUGCAGAUGCUGGAGGCCAUCUGUAAGCACUGGGAGGGCCCCAUCAGCCUGGCUCUCUACCUGUCAGACGCCGAGGCACAGCAGUUCCUGCGCUACGCCCAGGCCUCCGAGGUGCUGAAGGGCCGCACCAACGUGGGAUACCACAUCGUCUACAAGGAGGGCCAGUUCUACCCCGUCAACCUGCUGAGGAACGUGGCCCUCAGGAACGCCAACACACCCUAUGUGUUCCUGGCGGACGUCGACUUCCUGCCCAUGUACGGCCUCUACGAUUACCUCAGGAAGGCAGUGGUGCAGCUGGACAUGGCCCACACCAGGAAGGCUCUGGUGGUUCCUGCCUUCGAGACACUCAGAUACAGACUCUCCUUCCCCAAGUCCAAAGCAGAGCUGCUCUCCAUGCUGGACAUGGGGACACUCUACACCUUCAGGUACCACGUCUGGACCAAAGGCCACGCCCCCACGGACUACGCCAAGUGGCGUACGGCGACCACGCCCUACCGGGUGGAGUGGGAGGCGGACUUUGAGCCGUACGUGGUGGUGAGGAGAGACUGUCCUGAGUAUGACCAGCGCUUCGUCGGGUUCGGCUGGAACAAGGUGGCCCACAUCAUGGAGCUGGACGCUCAGGAGUACGAGCUGAUGGUUCUUCCAAACGCCUUCAUCAUCCACAUGCCUCACGCCCCCAGCUUCGACAUCUCCAAGUUCCGCUCCAGCCCCGCAUACCGCUCCUGUCUGACCACUCUGAAGGAAGACUUCCACCAGGCCAUGUCCCGCAAGUAUGGCUCCGCCGCCCUCAAGUACCUCACAGCUCAGAGGAACAUCUAGCCUCCCUGGUGCCCUCGGCCUGGUGCCCUCGGCCUGGUGCCCCCGGCCGGGCGGAGGCGGAGGUGCUGCCUGCAGGGGUGGACACUGCGCUGGGUCCUGCGGUCCUGCUGAGGGACACAUGGCUCCUCACCGUCACAUUGGAAUAACUACAGAAGUCUGACAGGAAGGACUCACCUGACGGAUUUACCAAACACAAAGGGUGACUUAAUGCUUUAGGAAUGUGGAUCUGCUGGAUGUCAGGAUUCUGUUUGACAAUCAGGCCUCUUUCUGAUAUGCAGAGAUGAUCUGUGGAGGACUGGAGGGGUGGAGGACUGGAGGGGUGGAGGACUGGAGGGGUGGAGGAGAGCUGUAGGAUGUGUCACAUCAGAAUCAAGCCACAUCUGACCCACAGGAUGAAACUCUGGUCUCACGUCCAGAGACCAGUCAAACUGGAGGCACAUUUAAGCCUUAUGAUAAUUAAUUGAUAAUAAAAUAAAUACAUUUCCAUAAUAUUUAAUAAGAUAUUUAAAGAGUAUUUUUAUGUCUCGAGGUGCAAAUGAUUCUUAAUGGAGAACGAUCGAUGUUUUGAUCAAAACAUGUUGCAUAAUUAUACUGUUUUAUUUUAUUUAUAUUAUUUUCCUUUAUUUUUUGCCCCUCUUGUUAAGAACAUACUCUGUACAUCUGGGUGUGGAUUAUUCUGGAAAAUUGUACACUGGUACACUGGUGAGGUGAAACACAAUUCACUAUUGCAGAGACAAAUUGAACAGACUUAAUUCAGGAUUUAAUGCAUUUUCUAGUUCAUGUAAUUGACCAUGAUAAGAUAUCAAACAUGACACAUGGUUUCGAUGAAGCUAUUUUAGUCUCCAGAUUUGAGUGCUCUGUUUAAUGGCAACACAAUCAGUUCACCAGGGUACAUGUAAUAUGUACUCACAUGUGAGUGUGUGUGCGCAAGUGUGUGUGUGUGUGGUCUAGCCCAGAGUGAUACCAUCUCUUUCGUCUCUCGUCACAUUGAUAAACUUCAUCUCUCCUCCUCUCAUCUCCUCUCCUCCUCUCAUCUCCUCAUCUCCUCUCCUCCUCUCAUCUCCUCAUCUCCUCUCCUCCUCUCAUCUCUUCUCCUCAUCUCCAUCUGUAUUAUGUAUGGGACAAAAGGUAUAUAAAUAAAAUAUUACUAUCAUGUGACUGUCAACGAGCAACACCGGACGAUAACAGGACUUGUCUUGAUGCAUCUGCAGUCAUGGGGUCACCAGAGAGAACUCAACACGGAUUACCAUAGGGACGCGUAUGCAAAUCUACCAGGACCCCUGCCCCCCCCCCCCCCCCCCCCCUGCCCCCCCGCAGUAAAGCUCGUGCCUUGCUGUGAAGAGUGAUUGUACUGUGGUUGCGUCCCAGUGGGCCUGGAUGGCGUCAGGCUCGCUUUAAUAUUGUUGAGUCAGAUCAAUCAUAUUUUUCUAUGCAGGGGGACCAAGUGCUUUAAAUAAAUCUGAUCUUUUUUCAAA